GUAAUUGUGAUAAGUACCUGAAGGUCUCCAGCAAGGAAAUGACAAAACUGAUGAAAUACAAAGGUUACCUGCCAGACACAGACGCUGCAGGUGAACUAAAAUCUACAGAAGAUGAAGAAGCAGUUGAAGCAGCUGAAAAAAAGAAUGACGUCAGUGGUCGUGAUAGCCCUGAUGAACAGAACUUUAGUGUUUCAUACAAUCCCAACUGCCAGUUGGUGGAUAUUGACAGUGUGAAUGCUGACCUUCUUGAGAUGGAAGGUGGUGCUUCUCUGCAAAUAGAUACAAUUCCUCCUGGAAUUCUGGAAACUGUAAACUUAUUUUACUGUUGCUCCAACUGUGGCAAGAUAUUUUGGGAAGGGUCCCAUUUUCAGCGAGUUAUCUCUCAGUUCAAACAAGCUUUGAAUAUUGCAGACGCCAAAACCUUUUAUGAAGUAUGAUGUAAAAAGGCAACCUUUUAUUUCAAGUAAAACUCUCUCCCAUAAUGGCACUUUUAUUUUUAAACUUUGAAAGGGAUUGUCCAUUUCUUCCUUGGGGUUUGUCUUUUACAAAUCGUCCUGUCACAAAUAAUUGUGUGCCAAGAUUCAUAGCUCAUUUGUAAUACCCAACUCUGCUUAUCUGCAACUAAUCUGUUAAAUGGGUCUAAAGGUGAUUGUGAAGGAUCAGGCGUGGCAUUUACCUUACCAGUGCUAAUUAUCAGAUUGAACGUUUGUGGGUCAGUUAACUGCACAGUUUUACUGUGACACCUAUUAUAUUUCUGUCAUGAAACAUUGUGCAAUAAAGCAUACCUACAUGACGGUCACCAGUGGCUAGGAAUCUACUCAAAUUAAGAGAAAAGUUUAAAACAUUUGAGGUACAAUGUAGCAUGCUGUAUGCAUUUCUCCCUCAAAACAUGCCUUAUGUAUUAUUGCAUGGUCAUACCUUACCAUACCCUCUGACUCCAUCGUUAUUACAAAUCAGUUAUUAAUACAUGGUAGUCAAAACACUAGCACCAUAAGGUUUCUGCCCUGAAAUAGGAAAUAUUCUCUAAUGUGCUUCCAGUUUUUAGUCCGGGUUAGGUGGUGGUGUAGAAUAUGAAUCCUUUUAUCCACUGCCAAACCUGGAUGGUGAAGCACAUCUGUGUUUUUAAUACAGAUUAAACCUAGAGGCUUCUUUUGACUCACUGACUGUCUACCACCCGUGUCACAAUUUACUUCUAGGCCUUCUGUCAAGAUCCUUCAUUUAUAUAAUUUAGUUGUUUUCAUCAUAUUUUGUAGAUUUUUUUUUGGGGGGGGGGCUUCAGAAACAAGAUUCACCAAAGUCCAAAGGUCAGAGGGCUUGAUUGCCACAUUAGAUUUCCUUAGUGUUUAAAAAUAAACAAAUAAAUAAAUAAAAACUGAGCAUAAGUUGCAAAAAAUCAUAGCAUUACCAGUAUGGUACAAUUUUCUUGGAGAUCAUUGUGGCACUUGUCGAUUGUAAGGCAUACUGAAUAUCAAGCUUUGUUGUUUUGUUCUUAUUUGUUCUGUUCCCUCUGUUUUUAAAGCAACAUUAAAACUCCUUUUUUAAA